CUUGCAAUUAUAACGGGUGUGUAAAUGUGGCAGCGGAGGCGUGGUCGAAUGUCAGCUGUGAAUGGAAAGAAGGCAGAUGCAUGACACACAACAAAACCCUCAGGCACGCCUUCAACCAAAUGAAAGUAAUUGAUGGUCAGGGAGUUCAGCCCAACAUUGCACUCUGCUUCCCCUACUUUGCUAUUAUUAAUCAUAGGUUAUAUCAAGUUAUGCAGGACACUCAAACUAAGGAAGAGACGACCCAGUUGUUGGUCCCAAAAGGCCAUAGGGAAAAUCUCUUCCACGUAGCUUGUCAUAAUCCCAUGGCUGUGGAUCUGGGCCAGGAUAAGACAAAACUAAACCAUCUAAUGACUUAGUUUUAUUUGCCAAGCACUAGAGGCGAUGUUAGCUGGUGGUGUGCUGCAUGUCGCAAAUGUCAACUGGUGAAUCCGCCAGCCACCCCAAAAACACCAUGGUUCCCAUUACCAUUAGUCGAGGUCCCCUUCAAAAGAAUUGGCAUGGACCUCGUCGGGCCAUUAGAAAGAUGUACGCGAGGAUAUCACUGUGUGUUAGUCCUGGUGGAUUAUGCAACACGAUAGCCUGGAGCAGGUCCUCUGUGGAACAUAUCAGUGUGUAGUGUUAUGGAGGCGCUCUUCUGUGUUAUUUCCCGUGUGGGGACAACAGAAGGACCUCUGUCUGGUGAUUAUGGAUAUGGCACUGCAAGAGUUGCGGGAUUUGGUUCAACAGUUAAGAACUGAUAAUCAACGCCUGUUAGAGGCUCAAACAGCUCCUAUAAGAACUGAAUCUUCUAAUGUUGUUCCUGAUGUUGUCUAAUGGGUCUUAUGACUGUUUUGUGUAUGUGCCCAGGGAAAGGAAGUGCCCUGUCUUUAGAGGUACUGUGGGAAUCAGUAUAGCCGAAUGGGUAGAUGAGGUCCGCGCGAGUAUGCGGGCCCGGGAUUUAGCAUUGGUUGAUCAAGCUCAUUUUAUUUAUGAUCAUUUGGAAGGGGAAGCUAAAAAUGAGAUUAAAUAUAGGCCUAGGGUAGAGAGGGAGAAUCCAGAAAAGAUUCUCUCUAUCCUCCUAGAAAUGUAUGGUUGUCCUCAGUCUUAUGUUGCAUUACAAGAAAAAUUCUUUUCCCAUAAACAACUUGAGGGUGAGUCGCUACAGGAGUAUUCUCAUUGCUGAAAUCAAAGAACUGUUGAAGCGACAACAAGAACAGUUAAGUCAGAUUGGGGAGCAGCUUUCCCGAUUGCAGAAUCCUCCUAAACGGCCCCCUGUGCACCGUAAUCAAGUUGUGUGUAGGCGUUGUCAACAGCCUGGCCAUUUUGCUAGUCAUUGUGAUAAUGAAUGUGUUGAAUCUCGACCUCAGUCUCAUUUCAGACAGAGGAUAGGAUCCCAGCAGCAGCCGUCGGAAAACUAGUUCCCUCUGAGUCGCUGAGUCACGGUUCAGGAGGGGACAAGUUUGACUCAAGUAAUUCUAAUGAGCCUCUCAUGUAUCCAGCAGGCUCCUAAGGAGUGGCAACAGGCCCUUCAGUUUUGUCACAGUGCUCCAUCAUCGGUUAGGCCCAUCACCGGGAUUGCGAGAGUUAGGGAAUUUGCGUGACUGCCACAUGAAGGAUUCGCCACCCAAGAUUUUCUGGAACAAAUGAUUAGCAUCAAUGGAGUCAGCGUGCUACAGAUAAGAGCUACUUAUCAGUACUGUUAACUUACGUUAGGACUAAAACAACCCUACAGAGGUCUGUGUAAACCUGGUUUGGAUUUAUAGUGUUUUUUUUUUUUUUUAUAAUUUGCUUUUCAGCUUCACUUGCUGGUGAGGAAAGCAUGUGGGAUUGUUUUUUAUUAUUAUUAUUAUAAUGGUUCAAAUUAACUUUGUAAUUUAUUUUGUUUGGUGAAUUGGGUAAGGAGAUAUCCACUACAAGCCUCAGUACCUACUUCAGUAGAUAAUCAAGCUCUAGAGAUUAACAUCAGUAAAAGGGCAGGCACUGUAUAUAAAAUGUGAAUAAUUUUAUAUAAUUUUUUUACUCUAGUUUAGUACAUAAUUAAUUAGACAAAUUCUAGAUCUUAACUAACCCCUAAAUUAAACCUAAAUAGAUUAUGUCUUAAAUUAAACUGAGGUACCCAGAUUAACACAUAACUAUUAAUACAGAGUAAAUUAAUACUUGCUAAUAACUUAAAGAAUUAAUAUCCUUUAUUAAUAUCCUUAAUUAAUAUCUUUUGAAACAUAUAAUUGAUUAACACUUAUUAUUAAUACUUAUCUAAUCUAAACCUAGACUGUCUUAAAGAAAUUUCCAAACUAUGUGAAGAAACCAGCAACAGCACUCGAAUUGAAAAAAAGAAAUGGCAUAUACUGUACUUACCUGUAUACUUACCUGUCCUUUGGAUGCGAGAAUUUUUACCGCUUUUCUACAUGUUGUUUAUUUGACUCUUUUCAAUUUUUGUAAUUAAAUCGCCUGAACAUGCUCAACUUUGGUAAAGUGAAUCCGAGGUCUCUGGUCUCCCAUCGAACCUAGACUUCUGGCCCAGAGAUCACAAUUCUUUCAAGCAGUGUGGAGUUACACACAGAAAGGUAUUCAGGUAUUUUUUUCUCACUGCCCCUGGUGAUUAAGAUGGAUGAAGUAGAACCACAAGGGAACACAGGGUCUAUAUAGAGACAGAGACAAGCAUCAAGCUUUAAUCAUAUAUCAGUAAGCAAAAGAGAAUACAUGAUAAGCAGCUAUACAACAAAGGGAGAUUUUUAUUCGUAAAGCUCUGACAAGAAGUAUAUAUGACAGGUUUUGUUGGUCUUGCACAUUUCAAGUACAGUAGGGGUUUUUAUGUUAAGGUUCUACUUCUCUGAAAGAUUUGUAAUCAACAAGAGCAAUAACAUUGGAUUUCUUUUGAAUGAAGUCAUAUGCUGCAACCCCUAACCUUAUCAUGUUGGUUACAACACAAAAUAUUUCAUUCACAACUUUUACAUUAAAUGGAUUUCUUGCUUUGGGAGAAUGGCGGCCCAUUCUGUCCAUUCCUUAUCUCCUUAUGUUUUUAUUGUCUACGAUUUCAAACUCUAUUCUUAUAUAUUUAAUUAUUUCUCAGAGGGCUUUGCACUCUCCUAUGUGUAUACUAAUUGGUCUUAUGGCAGUUGUAGACCUGUGUUUACCAAUAUUUUUUGUACCAAAUAUGCUGCUUAAUUUCUUAUUCAACUGGAAUGGAAUUUCCCUUUUGGGCUGUUUGGUGCAAAUGUUUUGCAUUCAUGUAGUUGGUACUUUUCAGUCUACUAUACUGCUCUGGAUGGCUCUGGAUCGGUUCUUUGCUAUAUGCCGACCUCUUUAUUACCACACAUACAUGGAAAUGCCCAACUGUUUAAAGUUUAUUGUUUUUCCAGUUAUCAGAAAUGUACUCUUAAUUAUGAUAAUAGUGUCCUGGGCUGGAAAAUUAUCUUUCUGUGCGAAAAAUGAGAUAGAUCACUGUUUUUGUGAACACAUGGCAUUGGUUCAGCUGGCUUGUGGAGAUAUUUCCAAUAACAACAUAUUGGGCCUUUUAGCCAUUUUCCUUAUAACAACAACUGAUGUUUUUUUGGUCAUAAUAUCAUAUUUAUCAAUACUGUCUUAUGUUCUAAAAACUGGCAAAGGUAGUGUCAAGGCUAUUAACACAUGUAUAACACAUAUAAUUGUCAUGACAGUUACUGCUACCUUUGCCUUAAUUGCUUUUAUGUCAUACAGAAUACGUAAUAACUUUUCUCCUUCCAACCGUGUCUUUUUGAGCACAAUGUAUUUGCUUUUUCCAAGUUGUUUUAACCCAAUUAUUUAUGGAGUACGAACAAAAGAAAUAAGAGAACAGUUUUUAAAAUUCGUGAACCAACUUGUGUCUUAAUAAAGU